GUGAGUUGUGGCAUUUAGAAUUGUUCUUUUUAGUUGAAUAAAUAAAUCAAAUUAAAAGUUAACCAUUUACAGCAUUAAUCCACUAUUUGAUAUAGCAUAAUAAAACAUUAUUCGAAGAAAAAAAUUAUAAUUGUUUUUACAGUAUUUAUAAUGUAAGAAACUUCUAUAAAAAUUUUUUUUUUUUUUAAACAUCACUCAAUACAAAAUGUCAACAAGAGUUUUACGUAAGAUGGGUCUUCAAGACUUACCACCUGCUAAUGAUGAAUCAAGUGAUGACACUGAAACUAGUUCUGGUGGUGUAAAUAAGAAAAGACAUUUAAAUAUGUAUGAUUUGUUGAAUGUUGGUUCAAUGUCAGAAUCUGAAGUAAAAGAAGAUGAUGAUCAUGAAACUACAGGCUCUUUAAAAAAGAAAGAUGAUCAUUUGUUGUGUGAUAAAGAAAACAUCAGACGAAAAAAAAAAAAAAAGAGGAAGAAGUCAUGUAAAGUGUUGUCAUCUCAUACUCGAAGUAGUGAAGACAAUGUUGAUGAUGAAGUAGAAAGAAGUGUUCGAGAGGUAAAUAAAAUUUUGGGAGAAGUAUCAUAUAAGAAUAAAGAUGAAGAAGCAACAUCAUUCCAAAGUAAUUUGGCUCAGAACAAGGAAUGUAUUUACAUCAAAAAUAUUUUAUCUGUGCAACAUCGCAAUCUUAAUCCAAACAAUGAGCUCCGAAAAAUGUUUGGAAGAGUUGUUCAUCAAGCUGAACUCAGCAAAAGAAAAUUUAGAGGAAGAAAUCAUUUAAAGACAACUUGGCUUGUUACCCCUAAAGAUAAUUGGCCACCUGUAGGGAAAUCAGGAUCAACAAUGAAAUACAUUGAAACUAAAAACGGUAUAAUGUACUUUGCAUUUGAACAUAAUCCAGAAUAUCAGCAAGUUCAAUUACAACUUUAUGAUGCUGUCUCAAACAUGUCUCAACAACAUUUGGUGAAUAUAAUCAACAAUCAUCCAUAUCAUGUUGAUGUGCUAUUACAAAUGACUGAGUGGGCUCGUUUGAGUGAAGAUCUCCCAGUAGCAGCUGAACUAACUGAACAAGCUUUGUACUCUUUAGAAAAUUCUUUUCAUCCUAUGUUCAGUUUAUCAAAUGGAAAAUGCCGCUUAGAUUACCGUUUACAUGAAAAUAGGGCAUUGUUUUUGGCAUUGUAUAGACAUUUGACUUUUGUGGGAUUAAGAGCUUGUUACCGCACAGCUUUAGAGUUUUGCAAACUUCUGUUAUCCCUUUCUCCAAUGGAUGAUCCACUUGCAAUUGUGUUAUGUAUAGACUUUUAUGCUCUUCGCUCAUCUGAAUAUACUUGGUUUAUUCAUUUUGUCAAUGCAUUUGAUCCCAUUCGAAAUCUCACACAAUUGCCUAACAUUAAAUUCUCACUAGCUGUAGCUAAAUGGCAAAAAGGAGAUGUUGAAACUGCACAUACAUUGUUACAAGAAUCCUUAAUUAUGUUUCCCGGUGUACUCAUACUAUUACUUGACAAAUGUUCAAUACAACCUGAUAAAAGAGUCAGUAAUCAUCCAUUUUUCACAACUUAUGCUAAUGAAACGCAACCUAAAGCAUUAUCAUACCUAAUCUCAAUGUAUGUGACAAGAAGCUAUCAUGUAUGGAAAGAAGUACAACUUUUGCCAUGGCUUGAACGCAAUGUACAAAUUGUUUUAGACCGAGUAGAUGCUAAAGAUCCAUUGGUUAAAACAAUGGAAAACUUACGCUCAACUUUAUUUAGUGCUAAGACACCUCUUAACAUACACAGACAUUUAUUACUAUCUGAUAUGAGUGAUACUAUUGCGCCUCCAGCUGAGGCAGUCACGAGUCCAAUUCUAAUUAUGGAUCCAUUUCCUCCUCCUGAUGGUACUUCGUUUUACAAUUCUAGAACAACUAAUGAUAGUUCUAGUAGGAGUCCUGUACAGAAUCAGUCGUUGUUUUCAACAUUUUUCCGAUCAUUAAAUCCAGUCUUCCAAGCAUUGUCGGAUGACAAUGCUAUAGAAGAAGAUAUAACAUCAGAAACAGAAACCGUAGCUUCAAGGCCAGUUAUUACAAUGGUUGGUGAACAAAUAGAAGAAAUGAGAAGUGACUUACGUCAAAGUGUCAAUUCAUUAUUAGAUGCAAUGCGAGAUUUACUUUCUAGUGUACAUGCACCAAAUGUGCCUGCUGAUGGUGAUAUUGAUGACGAUUCUGAACUAUCAGAUACUGCUUAAUAGAUAGGUUUUUAAUACAUUCUAUUUGAUCUAUGAUGUUUUGUUUUAUUUUAUUACGAAUUAAUAUAUAUAAACAUAGAAGACUGGGAUUAUAGAUUUUUCUCAUGUAUGGCUUUUAUCUAAUUAAUUUAUCAAUAAUGUUAAAUUAAUCUUCUGAAAAAUUUAUUUAACUAUAAUUUCAUUAUAACCUGCAUUAAAUAAUGUUAUUUUAUUAGAUUAUAUAAAAUAACGCAAUUGUAUUAAGUUGUAUUUAUAUUAUAUUUCUUUGGUAUGUGUA